UACCACCCAUUCAAGCUUUUAACUUUUAUCCGAUCUAUGGCCAAUGCAUUUCUCAAAAAACCUCACCUUUCCAUCACUCUGCAGAACCCUACAUUCCGCCAUAUCCACAUCUCCUAACCCCACAAUUACCUCCAUGGAAGUAGAAGUCAAGCUCCGUUUACCAAACGCCGUUACUCACCAACGUGUCUCCUCAAUUCUCUCACCUUACCACCUCAAAACUCACGCCCAAGAGAACAUCUUCUUUGACGGAGCCAACUCCGAACUCUCCUCCAAACUCACCGUUCUCCGCCUCCGAUUCUACGAUCUCGACACCCAAUGCAUUAUCUCCCUCAAGGCUAAACCCGUAAUUUCAAACGGUAUCAGUCGCAUUGAGGAAGAUGAAGAACCUAUUGACCCUUCUAUUGGCCGGGCGUGUGUUUCGGAGCCGUGGCGGUUACCGUUGAUCAAUUCUUCAAGGAUAAUACGGAGGGUGAAAGAAGAGUAUGGAAUUGGGGAAAAGGGUUUGGUUUGUUUGGGCGGGUUUAGGAAUGUGAGAGCGGUGUAUGAGUGGAACGGGUUGAAAUUGGAGCUAGAUGAAACGCAUUAUGAUUUUGGAAUGAAUUAUGAGAUUGAAUGUGAGAGUUGUGAUCCUGAAAAAGCUAAGGAUUUGCUGGAGGAGUUUUUGAAGAGUCAUGGCAUUGAAUAUUCCUACUCCAAUGCUUCUAAAUUUGCCAUUUUCCGCUCCGGAAAAUUGCCUAAGUAAGUAAUAGUAGUAGUAAUACUGUUGUUGUAGAACUUGGCGGAAUUCGUUAUUGGUGUAUUAGAGAAAACAUUAUACAUUCCUUUUCAACAUUGAUUCUUUUCCAUAAUUGAUUAUGAAUGUGGCAACUACUAUCACUAUACUAGUGAUGUUUCCAAAAUUGGUUGUACUGAUUAUAUAUGGUACCAGCCUCAGAUUAAAAUGGCAAUGUGGAAUGAAGAUGAAUAUGUUCGAUAUAACAUGAAUAGUAAGAAUAGAAGAUGAUGGUAAUCGACAAUCGUCAUUAAGAAACUGUCUUGGAAAAUCGGAAUUUCUAAUGCAGCAACUUGAACCUUUUGUUGAAGAUCCAUUGUGUGUCAUUAUUAUCACCAGAGAGAGUUAUUUUUCUGGGAGGACUAAAUUUGAAGUUCAAUCCUAGGUCCGUAAGCCUGUUAUGCACUCCCCUGGAUUUAAAGGUAUUUACUAACUCCCAUGUUGCAGACAAGUUGGCUUCUUUGAGUCAAGUUUAUUGAUGCUUUACAGGUUUUUACUCAAUUGGAAGCCCUGCCGAGGCAAGUUAGAGGACUCGUAAAUGUUGAUAGAUUGAACUUUCCUUGGGUUAGAAUCAUAAAGAGAAGACAUAGAAUGCUGGUUUAUGAUCCACCUUAGGUUUAUCUAUUGUAUUGCCACAAUUUUUUGUGAGCCUUAUUGAUCCAAAUCUCAUAGAAUCUGUAGAACAGAUCAUUUCUAUCAACUAAUUCUAGG